AUGGAGGAUUUAAUUAGUCAAUUACAAGAUUUAUUCCCAAGUUUAUCGAUUGAUAAAGCAACAACAGUAUUGAAGAAUCACAACAAUGAUGUAGAAGCUUCAAUCAAUCAUCUAUUAACAUCAUCACAUGAUGGUGAUAGUAAUGAUGAUAAUGCUGCUAAUAUUCAAGAUAUUGGACAACAAUUCAAAGAUGAACUCAAAAGAGAAGAACAAGAGAAUGAAAGAUUACUUUUAGAGUUGUUAAACAAAGAGAAUGAUGAGACCAACAGUCAAGUCAAUGAAAAGAAACAACAUACUUGUAGUAUAUGUUAUUGUGACAAUCUCAUUGGUGAAUUCUAUAUUAUGGAUGAAUGUGAACAUCGUUUCUGUCUUGACUGUGUCAAACAAAACUAUGAAUACCAAAUCAAUUCUGGUUUUCCAAAUGUUAAAUGUCCUCAAACUACUUGUAAGAAAAUUAUCUCUUAUGAUGAAGCAAAACAAAUCCUAUCAGAUAAUAAACCAUUGUUUGAGAAAUAUGAUCAACUUUUGUUAAAGGUUCAUAUUGAAAAGGAUGUAAAUGUAAGAUACUGUUCGUUCCCAGAUUGCAAGAAUGCAAUGAUUAUUCAUCCAGGUGCUACCGAUAUUAUUUGUCUUGAAGAUGGAUACUCAACUUGUCUCAAGUGUCGUGAACCUUCUCAUUAUGAAAUGACUUGUGAAGAAUGGGUCGAAGUAAAAGAAUAUCUUAGCAAUUUAACAGUUGUUGAUGAUGGUCAAGACAAACCACUUAAACAUUAUGUUCCAUCUCCAAGUCGUAGAGUACGUCCAUUUUGGAUGAACAGAAGAUGGAUUAGUACCGAACACUGGACCACGCAAAAAGCAUUGGAUAAACUCACUCGAGAGUUUAUCAGAUAUAAUACUAGAACCUGUCCCACUUGCAAUCUCAUCAUCGAAAAGAAUGGAGGAUGUCAUGACAUGACGUGCGUGUGUGGUCAAAGAUUUUGUUAUGGUUGUGGACAAGAUAGAAGUAAGCAUGAGGAUAGAUAUCCAUGUCAUCAUACUGUUAAUAUAUUUUAA